UUUGUCAGGUUGGUGCAUGACGGUGUGUUUUUGGGUGGAGGAGGGUCAGUUUGAGAAGAACACACCUCUGAUUGGAGGCUCCGCCCCCUGAGCAGCGACAGUCCAGAUCAGAACAGACGGACACAGAGAGGAGGACGCAGAGUGCCAUCAACAAGGACGAAAUGAACGGGACCAAGGCCGAUAUCGAGACCCGGUCCGGGUCCACCUCUGAUGAGCUCAUCUUCUUCGUCAACGGGAGGAAGGUCGUUGAGAAGAACCCAGAUCCUGAGAUGAGUCUACUGACUUACCUGAGGAGGAAACUGGGUCUAACUGGGACUAAACUGGGCUGUGCUGAGGGAGGAUGUGGAGCCUGUACCGUCAUGUUGUCCAGAUACCAAACACACACUGAGCAGCUGCUUCAUCACGCCAUCAACGCCUGUCUCGCCCCGCUCUGCUCCCUGCACCUGGUCGCCGUGACAACUGUGGAGGGCAUCGGCAGCGUGGCACGAAAACUACAUCCUGUCCAGGAGCGAAUAGCCCGAGUUCACGGCUCUCAGUGUGGUUUCUGUACUCCAGGGAUCGUCAUGUCCAUGUACGCUCUGCUCAGAAACAACCCUGUCCCCAAGAUGGCCGACGUGGAAGAGGCGUUUCAAGGAAAUCUGUGUCGUUGUACUGGAUACAGGCCGAUACUGGAGGGAUACAGGACCUUCACCAAGGAAGGGGGGUGCUGUGGUGGCAGGGGGCGGGACACCGGCUGCUGUCUGACCAGUGGGAGCGCAGCAGAGAGAUGCUCGCAGGAAGUCGAUGAUGAAUCGAUGUCUUUAUUCAGCGCUGCCGACUUCACGCCCUUUGACCCCACGCAGGAAGUCAUCUUCCCUCCUGAGCUCAUGUCUCUAACCAAAGGUCAGAGGUCGUCCUCACUGUCUUUCCAUGGCGACAGGACGACAUGGCUGCAGCCCGACUGUCUGGACGAGUUUCUGCGUCUGAAGUGGAAACAUCCCGACGCCCGAAUCGUUGUGGGAAACACCGAAGUGGGUAUCGAGGUGAAGUUUAAGAACAUGGUGUAUCCGGUGAUUUUGGCGCCGACGUUCGUCCCUGAACUGAGCUCAGUGACUCAAACUGACGACGGUGUGGUGUUUGGUGCAGCGUGCAGUCUCAGCCAUAUGGGGGCAGUACUGAAACAGGCGGUGGAGACUCUUCCUCCUCAUCAGACCCAGGUCUUCCUCGCUGUCCUGGAGCAGCUGCGCUGGUUUGCUGGGAUGCAGAUUCGUAACGUGGCGGCUGUCGGUGGAAACAUCAUGACCGCCAGCCCCAUAUCUGACCUCAACCCUGUGUUUAUGGCCGCGGGCUGUAAACUCAUCCUGAGGGACAAAGAUGGGAGUCGUGUGGUUCGGAUGGACGACGGUUUCUUCACUGGUUACAGGAAGACAAUCCUGCGACCACAGGAAGUCCUGGUGUCCAUUGAGAUCCCGUACAGCAAAAAGACUCAGUUCGUCUCCGCCUUCAAACAGUCUCCUCGCCGAGAGGAUGACAUCAGCAUUGUCACCGCUGCGAUGAGCGUAACCUUCACACCUGAGACUGACAUUGUCAAGGACUUGAGGCUGAGUUAUGGCGGCAUGGCGCCCGUCACGGUGCUGGCUACGCAGACGGCGAACAGACUGCUGGGAAGGCGGUGGGGGGAGGAGCUUCUCCAGGAGGCGUGCUCCUCAUUGGCCGAGGAGAUGACCCUCGACCCCUCUGCACCGGGCAGCAUGGUGACGUACCGGCGAACUUUGACUCUCAGCUUCUUCUACAAGUUCUACCUGACGGUGCUGCAGAAGCUCCUCGACCAGGGCGUGGACGUGGCGGCGGUCAGCUCAGACUGCGUCAGUGCGACGCAGAUUUAUCGUCCAGAGACAGCGUCCAGCGUUCAGAUCUACCAGGCGGUGCCGGAGGGGCGGAGCCAGGAUGAUGUGGUGGGCCGCCCUAUGAUGCAUCUGUCGGCCCUGAAGCAGGCGACGGGUGAGGCGAUUUACUGUGACGACAUGCCGCAGUACGAAAACGAGCUUUACCUGGCGCUCGUCACCAGCAGCAAAGCACACGCCCACAUCCUCUCCGUAGAUGCCUCGGCAGCUGAGCGAAUGCCUGGUGUAGUCUGCUGUGUGUUUGCUGCUGACAUCCCCGGCAGUAACGCCACCGGACCGGUCGAAUAUGAUGAGACCGUCCUCGCUGAUGGCCAGGUGACAUGUGUUGGUCACAUCAUCGGCGCCGUGGUGGCCGACACUCAGAUCCACGCUCAGAGAGCUGCCAAGGCUGUCAGGAUCCAGUACGAAGAGCUGCGGCCAGUCGUCACCAUCCAGGAAGCCAUCGCCACCCAGUCCUUCUAUCAGCCAAUCAGAACCAUCCAGAGUGGUGACCUGGAGGCGGGCUUUAAACAGGCCGACCACAUCCUGGAGGGUGAGAUGCACAUCGGAGGGCAGGAACAUUUUUACCUGGAGACAAAUGUCACGCUGGCCGUUCCCAGAGAAGAUGGCGAGAUGGAGCUCUUUGUUUCUACUCAGGCCGCCUCCAAAACACAGAGUCUGGUGGCGAAGGCGUUGGGCGUUCCGUCUAACAGGGUGGUGGUCCGGGUGAAGAGGAUGGGUGGAGGCUUCGGGGGGAAGGAGAGCCGAACCACCGUCCUGUCCACUGUGGUCGCCGUGGCAGCAAACAAACUGAAGAAACCUGUGAGGUGUAUGUUGGAUAGAGACGAGGACAUGUUGGUCACCGGAGGAAGACACCCAUUCUAUGGAAAAUACAAGGUGGGUUUCCUGAACAGUGGUAAGGUCAUGGCUCUGGAUGUAUCAUACUACAGUAACGCAGGAAACUCGAUGGACCUCUCUCUGGCGGUCAUGGAGCGUGCUCUGUUCCACAUGGAAAACUCGUACAAUGUGGCGAACGUGCGUGGCCGCGGCUUCCUGUGCCGCACCAACUUGGCGUCCAACACGGCAUUCAGGGGCUUCGGAGGGCCACAAGGCAUGAUGGUCGCUGAAAGCUGGAUGACGGACGUGGCUCAGAGUCUGGGGAAGCCGGCGGAGGAGGUGCGCAGGUUGAACCUGUACGUGGAAGGAGAGUCAACACCCUACAACCAGAUCCUGGAUCAGUUCACCCUGGGUCGCUGCUGGGAUGAGUGCCUGUCACGCUCUGGAUACCAGCAGCGCCGAGCCGCCAUCGACCUCUACAACAGACAGAACCGGUGGACCAAACGAGGCCUCGCCAUCAUCCCCACCAAGUUUGGCAUAAGCUUCACUGCCGUCUUCCUCAACCAGGCUGGAGCUCUGGUUCAUAUCUACACCGACGGCUCGGUGUUGUUGACUCACGGUGGGACGGAGAUGGGACAAGGACUCCACACGAAGAUGGUCCAGGUCGCCAGUAGGGUUCUGGGUAUCCCCUGUUCAAAGAUCCACAUCUCAGAGACCAGCACCAGUACCGUCCCCAACACCAGCCCCACUGCCGCCUCCGCCUCCUCAGACCUCAACGGAGCCGCCGUUCAAAAUGCCUGUGAAGUCCUCAUGACACGUUUGGAACCUUACAAAACCAAGAACCCCAAAGGAUCAUGGGAAGACUGGGUGAGAACGGCAUAUUUCGACAGAGUCAACCUCAGUGCAAACGGUUUCUACAAGACUCCAGAUCUGGGUUAUGAUUUUGACUCAAACUCAGGUCGAGCUUUCAGCUACUUCAGCUACGGUGUCGCCUGUUCAGAGGUGGAGAUCGACUGUCUGACCGGAGCUCACAAGAACCUGAGCACGACUAUCGUGAUGGACGUUGGUCACAGUCUCAACCCGGCCAUAGACAUCGGACAGGUGGAAGGGGCGUUCAUGCAGGGUCUGGGUCUCUUCACGCUGGAGGAGCUUCAUUACUCUCCUCAGGGUGUCCUCCUCACCCGAGGACCUGGUUCUUAUAAGAUCCCAGCCUUUGGUGACAUCCCCACCGAGCUCAUCGUCUCGCUGCUCCGCGACGCACCAAAUGACAAGGCCAUCUUCGCCUCCAAGGCUGUCGGUGAGCCUCCUCUUUUCCUGGCGGCGUCGGUUUUCUACGCCAUCAAAGAUGCCAUCACUGCUGCCCGGGUGGAGUCGGGCAUCAGCGGUCCCUUCAGGCUAGACAGCCCCGCCUCCGCCGAGAGGAUCCGCAACGCCUGCAGUGACAGAUUCACCAAACUGGUUCCUCCUGCAGAACAAGGCUCCUUCACCCUGUGGUCUGUUCAAGUCUAAGACCGGACGGAGAGACGGUGGUCUGAUGGUGGUCUGGUGGUCUCUGGAGAAUCUGUAACCACCAUAACGCACAUUCCCCACCUGGUCAUUUCCACCUGUUGGAUCAGAGUUCAUAUUGUCUUCAUCAUUUAAUGACGUGCUACACCUGGGUUUGGUUUCUAUGACAACGAUAUCUUGACAUUUUUUUCCCCCUGUUAAAGGGUUGUUUUGGGGAGUUUUUCCUUCAGCUGUGAGGGUCCUAAGGACAGAGGGAUGCCGUAUGCUGUAAAGCCCUGUGAGGCAAAUUGUGAUUCAUGAUAUUGGGCUUUAUAAAUAAUAUUGAUUGAUUGAUUGACAUUAACAAAGCUAGGUAACUAAUGUGAUGCUAUGUUAAAGGAUAACUUUGGUAUUGUCCCCAUGUGUAUGUGUGCGUAUGAUUCAUAGGUACAACUCGUUUUAAAAUUGGUUCAGUGUUGAAGGAGGUGGAUGCAGCCGGCAGCCGUGAGGUAGAUAUGGAGGCAAACACACCAAUCAAAGGAAAUGUUCCGUUUCUUUAAAAACAAAAAAAGAAAAAAAAAGUAGUCACAGAGUCACAGUCAAGUACUCACAGAGUCACAGUGGAAAUGGCACGUGUCUGCUCUGUCAAUCAGUCAAUCAGUCAAUCAGUUAGUCUGUCAGUCAGUCAAUCCGUGGCGGCGAUCAUCCCCGGAGUUUGACAGCUGAUCUGCCGGUUUAGUAGACUGGAUAUGGUGAGAAGAGCCAGGAGCCGAGUUCGCUGAAGGAAGCAGGUGCAAGGGACUACACUACCCCGACUCGAUUCAGAUCUGAUCUGUGGGAUGUGGAGCUAUAGCGGACACCGGACACUUCUUCUGUCUCUCCUGCUGACAAGGUGAACUCUGAACCAGCUUGUGCUCCCGCGGGUGUGCUGCUUGAUGAGCGUGUGACGUCACCUGACGUUUUGUCCGACGUGUGUCAGCGCGACUCCCAAAAAUAAACAAAUAAUCAAAACGAGGACAGAGUGGAUCGUGACAAGACGGAGGGUGGGACGUCAGUGGGCGGGGUCUAUAGGCGUCCCUCCAGUGUCCACACACCCCUGGAUGUGGAGGCGGGGACUUUGUCUUUUUUCCCCGGGGGUUUGGUGUCCUCGUUGUCAAGACAGACGGACUCGCCCCUUCUUGGACAUUUAGACGUGGAAAUAAAAAACUUAAAAUUAAUUAUUUCCGUUAUGAUCAGGGAGUUGAUGCGCAGAUGCUCACCGUGCAUUGAAUUGAUUGGUUGAAAUGUUAACUACUUCCACUUCUGUGAUGUGAUUGGCUGAAUUAUAAACUGAUAAGUUUUUGACUGAGCCUCUAAUUGGCCACAUUAAAGAAAUGACUGACCGCCCCCUUGAGCUCACUGCAGGUCGAUGAUUUAAAAAGAAGCUCAACACGACACGUUUUCUCCUCUAGUGAAGAACGACUCAAAAAGAUGCUGCUGCUCAGAAGAUUAAAAAAAACAACAACAAAGAACGUGAUGUGGAUGCAUGUCUUUAUGACGUGUGAUUAAAACAGAACGACCGGAAGAUUUUUACUUUUACGUAGAAUUUUAAUAACUUUGUUGUUAGCUGAUCGGCAGCAAACAAGAACUAAAACGUUUUUUUUUGUUUGUUUUUUUACAGAUGUGAAUUUACUGACAGAAUAAUUUUCAGUUCAGUCCAUACGAAUCAUCAGAUAAUUAAUAUGUCAGUUUAUCUCAAUGAAAACAACGAUAAAAACACAACAGCUGGAGUGCUGCGUCACAUGACAGUUAGGUUUAUUGAAGGUUUCCAGGCACACACAGUUAAAUAUAUGGCAUCAUAACUAAAUGUAAUUAUGACGUGAAACGACAGUAAAAAACAAAUUGUACAAAGUUAUUUCACUCAGGCUGAACAAAAAUGAAAUGUCUCAAAUGUUAAUUUAUUCUGAAACUGAUUUAAUCUUCAUUCAGAGUUUGUUGUGUUUGUAGAGUUCAGAUCUGCCACACACAGGUUCAUUACUAUUACUAUUACUAUUAUUAUUGUUAUUGUUACUGUGGUCUACAGAUGUCUCCUGUUAUGGACGGCAUUUAGAUUAUGUAGUGAAAGUUUUACCUGGAGGGAUUUGGCAGUGCAACAGUGAGGUGUGGUAUGAUCGUCGGCCCAGUUAGCUCAGGUAGCCUGGUUAGCUCAGUUAGCCUGGUUAGCUCAGUUAGCCUGGUUAGCUCAUUAGCCUGGUUAACUAAGGUCGUAGGACAAACUGUGUGCCAACAUCGUUCAGUCGGGUGUUUCUGUGGAAACUCUUCAAACAUUUAAUUUAUAGUGACGUCACCCAGAUGUGUCAAUGUAAUGAGAGUGACAUCGUUCAGAUGACCUCUGGCUGCAGAUUCACGCCGUACUGAGGUGAUAACGAAUGCUGUGGAGUGUCUGAUCUCUGCUACGUUCAGUCCGUUUGUUGUCUCUGCUUCGUUUGUUGUCGUUUUUUGUGUCUUCCCCCUGACAGGUCCGUUAUCCAGUAAGAAUCUGUGAAGAUCAGGACGAUGUUAGUACAUAUCCUGUCCCAACAUAUGAUUGGCUGAGACAACAGUUCAUAUCAAAUUCACGCCCAACGUUUAGAUGGACUUCAGAAACAUCGAAAACAGAACUGACAUUUUUUAAUGGAUUCACUGUCAAAAGAAAAACUGGUCCAUUUUCUUUUCAUGUUACAUUAACACAAUGUUUGUCCAAACGAGAUCUACAAAUUAUCAUUUCGUUUUCUAAAUGAAUAAAAACAAACACACAAACAAAUAAAAGAAAUUCAUGAAUAAAUAUAUAAAUAAAUGAUAAUAUUUUAGCAGAAAAAUUAUUUAAAUACUUUUUUUCUUCCCUGAAUAUUCUCUGAUUUAUAUAAACAUUAAAAUAAACAUGAUGUAAAUUAAAUGAUGAUGAUGAUGAUGAUGAUGAAGAGGAGGAUGAUUAAAUAAUCACUGUUAUGUUAAAUAAAAUUAUUUCACUAUAUUAAAUAAAAUUAUUUCAUUGUAUUAAAUAAAACUUUCAGAAACACA